AGGCCGCGCCGAGCGGGCCGGGCCGCGCCGCGCCGGGGGAACCGGGCACCGGGAGGCCGGGAACGGGGCACCGGGGCGGCCUUUCCGGGUCAGCUCGGAGCUAUGAACGACAUCCGGCACUCGCUGCUGCGGCGGGACGCGCUGAGCGCCGCCAAGGAGGUGCUGUACCACCUGGACAUCUACUUCAGCAGCCAGCUGCAGAGCGCCCCGCUGCCCCUCGUCGACAAGGGCCCCACCGAGCUCCUGGAGGAGUUCCUCUUCCAGGUCCCCAAGGAGCGCGGCGCGCCCCCCAAGAGGCUGAAUUCACUUCAGGAGCUCCAGCUCCUUGAGAUCAUGUGCAACUACUUCCAAGAGCAGACCAAGGACUCAGUCCGGCAGAUCAUCUUCUCCUCUCUCUUCAGCCCCCAAGGAAACAAAGCUGAUGACAGCAGGAUGGCUCUGCUGGGGAAGCUGGUUUCCAUGGCAGUGGCUGUGUGCAGGGUUCCUGUUCUGGAGUGUGCUGCUUUCUGGCUGCAGCGCACCCCCGCCGUGUACUGCGUGCGGCUGGCCCGAGCCCUGGUGGAUGACUACUGCAACCUAGUGCCUGGCUCCAUCCAGACCCUGAAGCAGAUCUUCAGUGCCAGCCCUCGCUUCUGCUGCCAGUUCAUCACCUCUGUCACAGCCCUCUACGACCUCUCCUCGGAUGACCUCAUCCCUCCCUCGGAUCUGCUGGACUUGAUUGUCUCCUGGAUCUUUGAAGACCCCCGUUUGAUCCUCAUCACCUUCCUCAACACUCCCAUUGCAGCCAACCUGCCAAUAGGGUUUUUGGAGCUCACCCCACUGACCGGACUGAUCCGCUGGUGUGUGAAGGCCCCCCUGGCUUAUAAAAGGAAGAAGAAAGCUUCUCUCUCCAAUGGACACCCCCCCAACAAAAUUGCCAAGGACUCAGCUUCAGGAGAAGACCGAGAUUGUCACCAGCUGUAUUCCAAACUGCAUCUCAGUGUCCUGCAGGUUCUGAUGAUGCUUCAGGGGCAUCUAACGGAGAAGAACCUUUAUGGGCGCCUGGGGCUUAUUCCCUUUGACCACGUGGUUCCCCUCGUUGAGGAAAUUAACAGACUGUCUGAUGAACUCAAUCCUCUCAAUGCAUCCAAAGAGAUUGAACUGGCUCUAGACAGGCUGGCUCAGGCUCUGCAAGUGGCCAUGGCAUCAGGAGCCCUCCUGUGCACCAGAGAUGACUUGAGAACUGUGUGCUCCAGGCUGCCACAUAACAACCUGCUCCAGCUGGUGAUCUCAGGCCCAGUGCAGCAGCCAGCCCAUGGCACUCUGCCACCAGGAUUCUAUCCCCACAUCCACACUCCUCCCCUGGGCUACGCCGCGCACCCGGCGCUCCCGGCGCAUCCCGCGCUCCCGGCUCAUCCCGUGCAAACAUUCAUACCAGGAAUGACAUUCCCAUACCGACCUAUCCGCUGAAAUGCCAAGAACUGUGGAGCCUCCUCCCUUCCCCUUAGUUUCAGGAAACCUUGGAGUUGGAACCAAAUGUCUGGGGAGCCACUUUGUCCUCUUUGGUGUGAAGCUGAGCGACGCGGGCGGGAGCGGGAAGGACGCCCUGGAGCUGGUUGGAUCAGGAGAUCCAUCAGGAUCCAGCAGAUCAGCAGGACUAAAAGGAAAGGGUGGGAAAGGGACUGAAGAAAGGGGUGAGAAAUUCAGCAGAAACCCCAAACCAGCGUGUGGAAUUUAUAUAUAUAUUUUUUUUAAACCCACAUUGUUCCCUAUAAUCCCCCAGGGUGUGAGACCUGCUCGGCCGUGGUUUGAUCUGGUUGUGGCAGUUGUGCCAGACAGAGGUUUUUCCAAGAGGAUUUUUUCCAAGCUCA